GAGACUUUCCAACUUUGAAAAUGCUGCUGAUUGUGUUCCUCCUAAUAAUUUGUUCCCAUGUUUCUGUGAACCAGGACUCUGGCCCCAAGUAUGCAGAUGUCGUUUUUCUGGUGGACAGUUCUGAUCACCUGGGAGCUAAGUCCUUCCCACUUGUGAAAGCGUUCAUCAACAAAAUGAUCAACAGUAAAGCUAAACGCAUGAUCUCAGUUCACCUGCAUAUCAACUGUCUGAGAAAAUCUGGGAUUAUUCUUACGUCCACUUUACAUACAGAGAAACUGAAGACAGUUUGCCAAGGCCCCUCUGUAGCCGAUGUGGUGUUCCUGUUGGAUGUGGCCAUGAACGGCAGCCUGGAGGACUUUGACUAUCUCAAAGACUUUCUGGAAGAGAGCGUCAAGGCCCUGGACAUCAAGGAGCAGUGCACGAGGGUUGGUCUUGUGGCCUACAGCAACGAGACAACGGUGAUCAACUCACUGAGCACUGGUACCAAUAAGUCAGAGGUUCUCCAGCACAUCCAGAACCUCUCUCCCCAGACGGGCCAGGCCUACAGCGGAGCUGCGAUCAGGACCUUAAGGAAGGAAGUCUUCAGGGUACAGGAGGGCAGUCGGAAGAACCAGGGGGUGCCUCAGAUUGCCGUGCUGGUGACCCACCGACCGUCAGAAGACAACGUGACCGCGGCAGCGGUGAACCUCCGACGUGAGGGCGUGACCAUCUUUACCAUGGGCAUCGAGGGGGCCAGUGACACCGAGUUGGAAAAGAUAGCCUCUCACCCAGCUGAGAAGUACGUCUCCAAGCUGAAAACCUUCUCCGACCUGGCUGCCCACAACCAGACGCUUCUGAAGAAGCUGCGGAAUCAAAUAACACACAAGGUCUCCGUCCUCUCGGAGAGGACGGAAUCGCUUAAAUCUGGUUGUGUGGACACAGAAGAGGCUGACAUCUACCUGCUCAUCGAUGGCUCAGGGAGCACUGAGGCCACGGAGUUCCAGGAAAUGAAGACCUUCCUGUCAGAGGUGGUAGGGAUGUUCAACAUCGCUCCCCACAAAGUACGGGUCGGGGCGGUGCAGUAUGCAGACACCUGGGACUUAGAAUUUGAGAUCAAUAAAUACUCAAACAAACACGAAGUGGGAAAAGCCAUUGAGAACAUUCGGCAGAUGGGUGGGGAUACACACACAGGCGCGGCCUUGAAUUUCACUCUGAAGCUGUUGCAAAAGGCACGGAAGCAGCGAGGAAGCAAGGUGCCCAGUCACCUUAUUGUCCUGACAAAUGGUAGGUCCAGAGACAGCAUCGUGGAGCCCGCAAACAGACUGCAGGAGGAGCAUGUCCACAUUCACGCCAUCGGGGUCAAGGAGGCCGACCAAAGGCAGCUGCGUGACAUUGCCGGCAAGGAAAAGAGGGUGUACUAUGUGCAUGACUUUGACUCUUUGAAAGACAUCAGAAACCAAGUUGUGCAAGAAAUCUGUACUGAAGAAGCCUGUAAGGAGAUGCAAGCCGACAUCAUGUUUCUGGUGGACAGUUCUGGCAGUAUAGGGCUUGAAAACUUUGCCAAAAUGAAGACAUUUAUGAAAAGCCUGGUGAGCAAAUCUCAGAUUGGCCCCAAUCGGGUGCAAAUUGGUGUCGUCCAGUUCAGCGACAUCAAUAAGGAGGAGUUUCCGCUCAACAAAUUCACAAGCCCAAGGGAAAUCGCAGAUGCAAUAGACCACAUGCCGCACAUUGGAGAGACCACGAUGACUGGCAGUGCCUUGUCCUUUGUGUCUCAGUAUUUCAGGCCCGACAAGGGGGCCCGGCCCAACGUCAGGAAGUUUCUCAUCCUCAUCACAGAUGGUGAGGCUCAUGACGUAGUAAAGGACCCUGCGGCAGAGCUUCGGCAAGCAGGCACCAUUAUCUACUCGGUGGGGGUGUUUGGCUCCAACGUCACCCAGCUGGAGGAGAUCAGUGGGCGGCCGGAGAUGGUUUUCUAUGUUGAGAAUUUCGACAUUCUGCAGCGCAUUGAAGAUGACCUUGUUUUUGGGAUUUGCAGCCCUCAUGAAGAAUGCAAGCGGAUUGAAGUUUUAGAUGUUGUGUUUGUGAUCGAUAGUUCUGGCAGCAUUGACUAUGAUGAAUACAACAUCAUGAAGGACUUUAUGAUCGGCUUGGUGAAAAAAGCUGAUGUUGGCAAGAAUCGUGUCCGGUUUGGUGCUCUGAAGUACGCUGAUAACCCAGAGCUGUUGUUUUAUCUCAAUAGCCUUGACACCAAAGGGGAUGUGAUUUCCAUGCUCCAGAAUGACCAGCCAAUGGGGGGCAACACUUACACCUCCAAAGCACUGGGCUUCUCUGACCACAUGUUCACGGAAGCCCACGGAAGCCGCCUACACCAGGGGGUGCCCCAGGUCCUCAUUGUGAUCACAGAUGGGGAAUCCCAUGAUGCAGAUAGACUCAAUGCCACAGCAAAGGCCUUGCGGGACCAGGGCAUCCUUGUCCUGGCUGUGGGGAUUGCUGGUGCUAAUCCUGUGGAGCUGUUAGCCAUGGCCGGGUCAAGUGACAAGUACUACUUCGUGGAGACUUUUGGAGACCUGAAGGGGAUAUUUUCAGAUGUGUCGGCCAGUGUCUGUAACUCUUCAAAAGUAGAUUGUUUUGUGGACAUUGUGGUGGGAUUUGACAUUUCAACCCAGCCAAAAGGACAGAACUUGCUUGAAGACCAGUCUUGGAUGAGAACUUAUCUUCUAGACAUUUUACGUGCCAUCAGCUCCCUCAAUGGGGUAAGCUGUGAGGUGGGGACAGAGACUAAGGUGAGCAUAGCCUUCCAAGUGACAAAUGCCAUGGAAAAGUACUCGCCUAAGUUUGAGAUCUACAGUGAAAAUAUCCUGCACAGCCUGAAGGGGUUAACAAUUGAAGAACCAGCUCUUCUCAACACAGAUCUCUUGGGUUCACUGUGGGACACAUUUCAGAAUAAAUCAGCCGCCCGAGGAAAGGUGGUGAUCUUAUUUUCUGAUGGAUUGGAUGAUGAGGUUGAAAGGCUUGAACAAAAGUCUGAUGAGCUCAGAAAAGAAGGCCUAAAUGCGCUCAUCACUGUGGCUCUGGAUGGACCUGCGGCUCGUGCAGGCGACCUGGACAAUCUUCUGUCCAUUGAGUUUGGGAGAGGAUUUGAGUACAGGACACAGCUGACGGUUGGAAUGAGAGAUCUUGGGAGUCAGCUGUCAAAGCAUCUCAUCAACGUCGCCGAAAGAACGUGCUGCUGCUUGUUCUGCAAGUGCACUGGAGAAGAUGGCACAAGGGGAGCUCCUGGACCACCUGGGAAUAAGGGACUGCCAGGUAUUAAAGGCAGUGGUGGCUACCUGGGAGAAGAGGGUACUGCUGGGGAGAGAGGAGCCCUUGGGCCAGUAGGAGAGCAAGGUACUAAAGGAUGCUAUGGUGCCAACGGUCCUAAGGGAAACAGGGGAUUCACAGGACAGGAGGGAGGAAUCGGGGAAAGUGGACUUUAUGGAUUAAGUGGAGAACAGGGUGAUAAUGGCCUUCCUGGAAGAAAAGGAGAAAAGGGUGAUGCAGGGUCCCAGGGCAGCCCGGGCAAGAGAGGGCUUUCUGGAGACACUGGAGCAAAGGGCCUGAGAGGAGAUCCCGGAGUUCCUGGACUUGAUAACACCAUACAAGGAUCCAGGGGCUUGAAAGGAGAGAACGGAAGGCAGGGGAGAAGAGGAUGGCCGGGCCCCCCGGGAACACCAGGCUCCAGGAGAAAGACAGCAGCUCCUGGUCAAAGGGGACACACAGGUCCACAGGGAAACCGAGGAGUCCCAGGACCAGAUGGACAUGAAGGCUCACUGGGAGUCAAGGGGCCUCAGGGUCCAAGAGGAGAUGUUGGUGUGAAAGGAGAAAAGGGAGGUCUUGGAAGUAAAGGUCCUCAGGGACCUGCUGGACCCGGAGGAAAGGAGGGGAGUCAAGGCCACUUGGGAAGCCGAGGAAAUAAAGGAGAGCCCGGAGAUGCAGGAGGAAAGGGGGAGAUUGGCUUUCCCGGUCCUCGAGGAAUGCCGGGUGGCGAUGGCAGCCCAGGUUAUGGUCCCGUCGGGGUUAAAGGAGCCAAGGGACAAGAAGGAUUCUCUGGAGAAAGUGGACCUAAGGGGGAGAUUGGGGACCCUGGGGGCCCCGGGGAAACUGGACCCAAAGGAGCGAGUGGCAGAACGGUAUCUGCUGGGCUUCCAGGACAGCCAGGAUCCCCUGGGGAGCCAGGACCUCCUGGACGCAAAGGCGUGAAGGGGACCAAAGGAUGGGCUUCAUUUUCCAUGUGUGAGCUCAUCCAGUAUGUGCGGGAUCACAGUCCUGGUGGACACGGAAAGCCCGAAUGCCCCGUGCAUCCAACCGAGUUAGUGUUUGCCUUAGACCAGUCCCGGGAUGUCACCGAGCAGGACUUUGCGCAGAUGAAGGCGAUGAUGGCGUCCCUGGUGAGGGAAGUUAAGAUCCGGGAGAACAGCUGUCCGGUGGGUGCUCGAGUGGCCAUCCUCUCUUACAACUCACACGCCAGGCACCUCAUCCGCUUCUCAGAUACCUACAGCAAGAACCAGCUUCUCAGGGCAAUUGAAGCCAUCCCCUACGAGAGAUCCACGGAUGUGCGCGAGAUCGGCCAAGUCAUGAGGUUUAUUUCCAGAAACGUCUUCAAGCGAACGCUCCCAGGGCCUCACACGAGAAGAAUCGCCACAUUUUUCAGCAAUGGUCAGUCUGCCGACACCCAGUCCAUCACCACGGCCACCAUGGAGUUCAGCGCCCUGGACAUCAUACCGGUGGUGAUCGCUUUCAGCAAUGCGCCUUCCAUCAGACGGGCCUUUUCGAUCGACGACACGGGCACAUUUCAAGUCAUCGUCGUUCCAUCGGGGACCAACUACGCGCCAGCACUAGAGCGUCUCCAGAGGUGUACUUUCUGCUACGAUGUCUGCAACCCGGAUCCUUCUUGUGACGAAGCCAGACCUCCCCCGGUGCAGUCUUACAUGGACGCUGCGUUCCUUGUGGACGGCUCUCAGAAUGUAGAGAGUGCUGAGUUUGAAGGCAUCCGACUUUUCAUGGGAGCACUGCUGGAUCACUUCGAAAUCUCCCCCGAGCCCUUGACCUCCGCCACGGGGGACCGAGUAGCCCUGUUGAGCCACGCACCCCCGGACUUCGUCCCGUAUACUUGGAAGAGUCCCGUGAGAACUGAGUUCAACCUUACCACCUACAGCAGUAAGCGCCUCAUGAAGAGGCACCUGGAAGAAUCCAUGCACCAGCUCCGAGGAGAGGCGUUCAUCGGCCAGGCCUUGCAGUGGACUCUGGACAAUGUCUUUUUCAGGACGCCCAACGUGAGAAAAAAUAAAGUCAUAUUUGUGAUCUCGGCUGGGGAAACCAGUCCCUUGGACAAAGAGACCUUGAAGAAGGAGUCCUUGCGGGCCAAAUGCCAGGGCUACGCCCUGUUUGUGCUUUCUCUUGGCCCUGCUUGGAACGACAAGGAACUGGAAGAGCUAGCCAGUCACCCUCUGGAUCACCACUUGGUCCAGCUUGGCCGCAUCCAUAAACCGGACCACAGAUAUGGUGUGAAGUUUGCGAGGGCCUUUAUGAGCUCCAUCAGGCGUGCAAUCAACAAAUAUCCACCAGUAAACUUCAAAAUAAAAUGCAGCCGGCUCCCCUCCACAGAUACAAAGCAGCCUCUCCGAGAGUUGCAAAGCUUUGCUCCUGGACCGCAUAAAGCUUCCCUCAAAAAAGAUGCAUUCCAGAAGACAAACUUCUUUCAAGAUAAAAAAUUCCUUUCAAGAGUAGCAAGAGGCAGCAGAGAUGAUGCCCUUCGAAAUUUUACCAGAAACACACCCUUGAUCUUUAAACAUGGAAAAAGGAUGAUGAAAACGGCCUCCAAACGACACGAGAAAGGACGCGGGUGAAAGAUUUAGCUUUAGAAAGGAGCACCGUGAGCCUUUGGACUUCAGUAAUAACUACGUCUAAGCCCACUGCCUGAACCCUGGACAACUCGUUGAUUUGGAGAGCAGCCAGGAUCCAGAGGCUCACCCUGGAAGGCCGAACAAGCCACAGGGUACAGGUGCUCAGAAAACCUGGUUCCUGGCACUCAUUGGAAGGAAGAGAUUAUCUUGCCCAUUUAUUUGAUCACCUGACAGUUCCAGUGCUCCAACCCUGCUAUGUCCAAGAACUGCUAUCCUUAGAAGGUGGAGGAGCGAAAGGCGGCUGAUGGAGACAUCAUUUGAAAGUCUACUUCAGAAAGUGCAGACACGCGUGUCUAAGGGCCAAUGUUCUGUUUUGCAAAUCGGCCUCUGUGCGAUCCGAUCCCUACAAAGCAAGCCCUCUUCCUCUGUUUCAAGACUGUUUCGUGUUCAGCUAUUUAACCAGAGGUGUUUUUAAAUAUUGGGGUGGGGGUGGGGAACAGGUGCGCUCCCUUGACAUGUACCCUAGAAAUGAAUGCUGUUCCUCCCUCCUGUUUUUGAAAAUCUGAACUUCCUUGUGUAGUCCGCUGACAGUCCCUGGGGGACCAACCAGCCCCGGGUGGGUGGUUUCCUCACACCUCCUGCAGUAGUUUGUGCACCCACGUGAAGAGCAGAGGGUUAGCUGCC